AUGGUGAUCGUCCUGCAGCAAAGCUACAACAUCAGCACCGGACACAGCUCCGUAUCGGACCCCGGUGCGCUACCCCGGGCAGUUCACACCGUGGCAGCCGUGUUCCUGGGGGUCAUUCUGGUCCUGGGCUUCCUUGGUAACUUCCUCGUGCUGAUGGUGUUCUCGCGUUUCCCCGGGUUGGUGACUCCUGUGAACCUGCUGCUGAUCAACAUCAGCGCCAGCGACAUGCUCGUCUGCAUCUUUGGGACCCCCCUCAGCUUCGCGGCCAGCGUGCACGGCCGGUGGCUGACCGGGUCCUCUGGGUGCCGCUGGUAUGGUUUCUCAAAUGCAUUUUUUGGUAUAGUAUCUCUGGUGUCUCUCUCUCUGAUGUCCUUUGAGCGGUACUGUGUGCUGCUCUACAGCUCCCCCUCAGACUCCUCCCAGUACCGCAGGGCCAGACUCGCUGUCGCUGCCUCCUGGCUUUACUCACUGGUCUGGACUCUGCCACCACUGCUGGGCUGGAGCAGCUACGGGCUGGAGGGUCCUGGCACCACCUGCUCCGUCCAGUGGCACCAGCGCUCGCCCACAGCGCGCUCCUACAUCAGCUGUUUGUUCAUCUUCUGCCUGCUGCUGCCGCUGCUGCUCAUGAUCUUCUGUUACGGGAAGAUCCUGCUGGCUGUGCGAUCGGUGGAGAGACAGGUCAGCAGGAUCAACCGGCCCUCAGCUGAGCGGAGGGAAGGCCGUGUCCUUUUAAUGGUGGUUUCCAUGGUGACAGGCUACAUAUUGUGUUGGAUGCCAUAUGGCGUUGUGGCAAUGCUCGCCUCAUUUGGGCGGCCGGGAGGGGUGUCGCCUGCCGCCACUUUAAUACCAUCCCUGCUGGCAAAGACCAGCACCGUCAUCAACCCGGUAAUAUAUGUGCUGCUCAACAACCAGUUCUCCAGGUGUUUACUGUACAUGAUCAGCUGCAGAUCAGAAGCCCCGCCCCCUCCAGUUCACCGCAUCCUGCCCCGUUCGCCAACCGACCAACAAAACACGGUGGCUGCCAUGUUCACAUCCACAGAUGAGCAGGAACAGAGGCCUGCCUCAUAGAGGUCACAUUUCACUUUAACCCUAUAAUCAGUUUGUUUUGAAUUAAUUUUUAAGAAUCAAAUUGGAAUUAGGAAUGAUUUUGGUUAUCUUAUUAUAGAAAUGUUGAUAUGUUUGAAAAGUUGUUGUUGAAUAGUAGACCACACUGCGUAAUUUGUUAUGUCUGUAAGUGUUUUUCACAGCAGCACUCUGAUGUAUGUUUGCCUUUAUAGUCUGAGUAUAGCUGCACUUUAUUACCUCAGUCCAUUGUUAAACCUUGCAUCAGUUGUAGCUCAUUGUGGUCUAAUCACAUGGUUAUACAAGUUUAGUUUAAACUAUUAUUUGAUUUUAUAUUUUUAUUUAACCCUCUAUCUCAGGGUUUUAUUUGAAAAGUGUGCCAUUUCACUUGAAUGUUAUUAGUGUUAAUAUUCAUAUUCCUACUAAACCA